UCACGUGGUUGGCCUUUUCCCGUUCCAAAUAAAAAAGUCGAGUGUCCAGAAGAUUCCAAAUUAAUUCCUGGGAUUCAAAAGUCUCGUCCCAAUCCGAAGUAGAGUCAUGACUCUCAUGCCCCCUGCCCACACAUAAGCUGCGGAAUCACUGGUAGUGGUAGGGGCCAUGUCGUCGCCGAGGGGCAGCGGCCGUCCAUCCCAAAUCCCGGAGUUCCCGGCGGGUUCCGCCGGCCGGUCGUUGCCGGCGGUGGGCUUCGGCACGGCGCGGUUCCCGUUCGUGGCGGAGGACGUCAAGAACGCCGUGUUCGCCGCGCUGGAGCUCGGCUACCGCCACCUGGACACCGCGUCACUCUACCGCUCCGAGCAGCUCGUCGGCGAGGCCGUGGCUGAGGCGGCGCAGCGCGGGAUCAUAGCGUCCCGCGGGGAGGUGUUCGUGACGACCAAGCUGUGGUGCACGCAGUGCCACCGGGAUCUGGUGCUCCCGUCCCUCAAGGAAAGCUUGCAAAACCUCAAAAUGGAAUAUGUUGAUUUGUACCUGGUUCACUUUCCUAUAAGUGUAAGACCCAGCGAGCCUCACUUCCCAAUGAAAAGGGAGGACGUCGUCCCGAUAGACUUGAGAGGCGUUUGGCAGGCAAUGGAGGAAUGUCACCGGUUAGGCCUUGCUAAAAUGAUUGGUGUUAGCAAUUUCACUACAAAGAAAUUGCAGGAGCUGCUUUCAAUCGCAAAAAUCCCCCCAGCAGUGAAUCAGGUUGAGUUGAAUCCAAGUUGGCAGCAGAACAGAUUGAUUGAAUUCUGCAAAGAGAAGGGAAUUCAUUUGACUGCUUAUUCUCCCCUGGGAGGCCAAAGCAGGACAUCCAAUACCAAUGCAGUACUGCACUCUGAAAUUCUGAAAGAGAUUGCUGAGGCUAGAGGAAAGUCAGUAGCUCAGAUCUCAUUGAGGUGGAUCUACGAGCAAGGCGUGAGCAUGGUGCCCAUGAGUAUGAAAAAGGACAGGCUGAAAGAGAACAUUGAAAUCUUUGACUGGGAAUUGACCGACAAUGACCGGCUCAAGAUUAGUCAGAUACCCCAGCACAAGAAGGUCACAGUGCUGUCGAUCCUCUACCCUGAAGGCGUCUCCAGCGUCGAUCUUGCAGAGAUCGAUGUGAUCGAGUCUCUCGGCUUCCGCCACUUCGACACGGCCUCCAUGUACUCGACGGAGAAGCCGCUCGGCGAGGCCAUCGCGGAGGCGGUGCGGCGCGGGCUCGUGGCGUCCCGGGGGGAGGUGUUCGUCACGUCCAAGCUGUGGUGCACGCAGUGCCACCCGCACCUCGUGCUCCCCUCCCUCCGGGAAAGCCUCCAGAACCUCCAAAUGGAGUACGUGGACCUGUACCUAAUCCACUGGCCGAUCAGCCUGAAGCCGGCGCCACCGGUGUUCCCGGCCAAGCCGGAGGACGCCGUCCCGUUCGACUUCGAAGGCGUGUGGCGGGCGAUGGAGGAGUGCCAGCGCCUCGGGCUCGCCAAGGCCAUCGGCGUCAGCAACUUCACCACCAAACACCUCGACAAGCUCCUGGCCACUGCCACCGUGCCCCCCGCGGUGAACCAGGUAGAGAUGAACCCGGCCUGGCAGCAGCGGACGCUGAGGAAGUACUGUGCGGAGAAGGGCAUCCACGUCGCGGCGUACUCGCCGUUGGGAGGGCAGAACUGGACCGGGGAAGGCAACGCCGUGAUGGAUUCCGAGGUGCUCGCGGAGAUUGCCCAAGCUAGAGGAAAGAGCGUCGCGCAGGUAGCACUGAGGUGGAUCUACGAGCAAGGAGUGACCCCAAUCGUGAAGAGCUUCAGCAAGGAGAGGCUCAAGGAAAACCUUGAGAUCUUCGACUGGGCGCUGACGGACGACGACCUGCUCAAGAUCAGCCAGAACCCACAGAAGAAGGUUGUCAAAGCUAUAGGCACUGUUCCCGACAGAGGGCGAGUUCACGUCAGUUGACCCUUCAGACAUCGAUAUCGUCGAGGAAUAGGCGCUGUGGCUCGCCCUGAGACCGCUUUCUUCACCGUUUGAUGUAAACUACACAGAUCUUAGAAACUUGGAAUAAAUAAAGCUCGUUCAGCCAGCGUUAUGCUGUUUUUAAA